AUGCCUCGAGAGCAUCGUUCUAUGCGUAGCCUUGCUAUAUCACCGAAGCGCACAUCCUCUCCUGGUCCUCCUUCACCCACGUUUUCAGAUGCAACACACGCUUCUGCAAUGAACUUUGGUGCAGACGGUCCUGAGAAGAUCAUUACUCGGGCUAACCUCAAAGUUAGCUUGCAGUCUUAUGACGACCUCAUGAAUGCAAGCGCGAAUUAUCGUGCUGCCUUACUCCAUAUGUCGAAAGUGACUUUUGCAUUUGCAGAUGCUUUGGAGAAAUGUUCAGGUUUGAAGGGACCUACGUACGAAGCAGGCACAAGACUACAGGCCGCCUCAGGACUUCAUCAUCUCAUCGGUAAUCAUUGGCAUGUCCUUGCGGAGACACUUGACAAAAGCUUCGAGAAACCAUUGCGGCAACAUUUGGACACAUACCGAACGAUCGUAAACGAGCGCUCCGCAUCGUAUGAGAAGGCUCUUCGUGAAAAGAGUGAAAUCAUUCGCCAAACAGAAUUGAGUAACAUGAAUAAAAAGCAACGAAACCUGCAAAGCUUCCGUGAAGCCCUUGCAGUCCUCCAGCGCCAAGUGGAUGACCUGGAUGGUCUCAAGGCACAGCACUACCAAGAAAUAAUGGAGCACGAGGAAGAAGUCUGGGACGUGGUGCAAGGCAAGGUGUGCGUAGCCGUUCGUUCGACUAUGGAUGUAUUUGACAGAUUCACGAAUAAGGCAUCGGAUUCUAUCUUGGAAGCGAUGCUCCAGUCUGUUCCAGACCCUUUUGACUCGUAUGGACCUCCUCAGGCGGAGGACCAGAUCUUCACCAUUCUUCCUCCGCUGGCCGUAAUGGCCAAUGCACCCUCGCCCUCGCCGAGCCCAUUGGCUACCACACCACCACCCCCAAAUUCUGUUAUAUCCCCAGCGAUCAUUAAUAAUUCUUGGGCUCCAAAUGGGGGUUUCUUCGCCACAACUUCAGAAUGGGCUGAUUCUGUCUCCCCUUCUUCAACUCCUACCCGAUCGGCAUCGCCCUCUGCCCAGCUUAAGCGUCGUCAGUCUCAUCCGCAGAGCACUACACACUACGCACGAAAGGCAGAGUCUAAGCUUCGAAGUGUUCUUUCAGUAAUUGAUGAGACACACGUCCGUCAUUCGAGUGACUCUGUCGAUACACCCUCCUCAGAAUCCCAGGCUUCACCGCCUGAUAUACACGCAGAGACUCUCGAACCUGAUACGAGUUGGGAGUCAUUUACCUAUGGCACAUCACCAUAUCCUUCCGUCGCGGACGAUUCCACUCCAGUUCAAUCCACAUUAGUUGAUUCGACGAUGAGACAUUCUACUCAGAAUAACAUUGGGGAAUCUGACCUCAGUUAUAUUCCCCAGUCGCCACAGUCGGAUGAAACACUACCAGUUUAGUAAUUGCAUAUUAUAAUUUUUGUUGUUUUCGUUUACGAUGAGAUAUGAUCAUUUAUAGUGCACAAACAGCUGACGAGGACAUUGAUGCCUUUUUCACGAUGUGGUCAUUAGUUAUGAUAAUCAACCGAUUAGCUGGUGCUAAAAGUACCGGGACAUGCUUCAACAACGUGUGGGUCGGACACCAUACUGAUAUAGCACCUCUUCGUUGAUGGCCGCCGGACUCCUGAAAAGUAGAUCUGUGCCUGCUCCAGUUUUUGGGAAGGCGAUGACAUCUCGAAUGGUUGGCGUCUUGCAAAGGAUAGCCAUCAGGCGAUCAAAGCCUAGAUCGGAGGUUUUUGUCAGCUUUUAGUGUGUAGGCUACAGAAACCUUGAAUGGCUUGCCGAGGGCGAUUCCGCCAUGAGGGGGUGCACCGCAU